AUGCUUCUGAGCGAUCCUGGUGCUUUCGUUGGAGUUUACAUCGCCAGCUUUGCCCCUCAUGGCUACCGACCUCCAGGGCUUCGCUCAACUCGUUCAGUCCCUGGAAUCCAUGAGAAUCGUCACGUACUGCGACGUCGGGAGUGUGACCAUGUUCUUGUACGACUACAUGAUCACCUUUGGAAUGGAAGUAGAUUUGGUAUGGUCAUCGCGGUGGGGGUUUAUGAAGAUGGCGUACCUGUCGCAAAGGUACAUGCCUUUCAUAGAUACUGUAUGGUUGUGUCUUCAUCACCAGACGGGAUCAAACUUGACUCCGAAAAAUUGUCACCUGUUGUACCGUAUCCGCAGUUGUACGCCAAUCCAACAUCUCCUAGUUACCACUUACCAUGCUAUCAUCAAGGGAUGAUAAUCCUUGGCUUUGCCAAUUCAGAACUCAUCCUCACAUUACGGGCGUGGGCCGUCUGGAAUAGGAACAAAUAUCUGGCCAUUUUUCUUCCGACUUUGUGCGGGACGGCAAUCAUAGCGAAUUUAGUUGUUAUGGGCAUUUUUCUCAAAGACCUCAAGAUUGGUCCGCAGCCUUACCCAGACUUUUUGGGCUGUCUUGUUUCCGACUCCAAUCACAUCCUGUAUAUGUGUUGGGUAAUCCUGACAAGCUACGAAUUUGUCAUCCUCAUUUUGAUGAUAAUUCCUGGUAUAGAAGCUUAUUGGGCGGAGAUAAGGCACUAUAUGAAGUUGUUUUUCGGGACGGCAUCUUGUCUUACAUCUACCUUUUCGCUUUGUCAACUCUCAACGUCGUCGUCGUAUUCAAACUCCCCACCAGAACGUGUUCUGCAUUGUCUGCUGUCUAGCAGGGUGCUCCUACAUAUCCGAGCGCAGAUGACCGUGAGGCAAUCUGCGUGGUCCGACGGAUUUACCGACAUCGAAUUCAAUGACGAAACCAACGAACCAAUAGGAUUUCGACUUCAUCCGACCAACAGCGGACUUUCGCCGCGAUGA